AGUCCGUCACAUUAUAAAUUGCAUUUUCUUGAUUCUAUCUGAUUCUAUCAAAUAAUUUAAAUUCAUAAAUACAAAGCUUAAUACUAACCUUGAAUUUUAUCAUUAUUGUUAAUUUAUUAUUAUUACUUUGUCCUGACUAAGUUCAUUUUUUUAGUAAGUGAAAAUUAAAAUAAGUUUCGGUAUUAUAAUAAUAGUAUAAUGGUCAUAUACGAUCAUUUCAGCUUUAAAAAAAAGUACGGUGAGAAUUAAAGAAUGACGUUUAUGAAGGAUCAAAGAUCGAAAGGUACGGUCGACGAACAACUACAAACCUUCAUUGAGCGAGAAAGUAAAAAUCAACAAUUUCAGAGACUGACAUUUAACUUAACUGAUAUUUGCUGGCAACCCUGUAUUGGAACACCUGGUAGUUCCUUGAGUUCAACUAAUCGAAGUUGUAUUGUGAAUUGUGUAGAGAGGUUUAUCGAUACAAGUAAUUUUAUUGCAUAUAGAUUGAGAAAUACAGUUUUAACUAAUCCUGCAGAAGUGGACGCGCAAUAAAUUAUUUCAUGAUUAAGACAUUUUCAUAG